AUGUCAUGUAUAACGUGGGAGAUAAGUAAGCAUAAUAAUUACUCAAAAUGAAGUGAUCUUCGUGAAAAACUUAUUAAUUUCAAACCAUGAAGUGAUUAAAGUAUACGACACUAUUAAUUUUAACGCGAGCUUUUAGAAUUUUUCAAUGACAAGAAGUGGCAACUUUAAAAAGCUUGCAAGCUCCAGCAGCUUGCAAGGGGAGGACUAAAGAGAAACAAAAAUGGCGACACCCAUUAAAACCACUGUUACUCGCACAGUAAAACCACUAUUGUCGUUACGUCCAGAGGAAGCUCGCAGAAGAGUCUUGAAUUUGUAUAAAUUGUGGAUUAGACAAGUGCCAUUUAUCGUGGAGGAUUAUGAUAUCCCUAAAGGUAAGGAAGAGUUAAGAGAGAAAAUAAGGUCAGAAUUUUUGAAGAAUGCACAUGUAAAGGACAUCAGAACCAUUGAUAUGCUUGUAAUAAAGGGACAAAUGGAGCUAAAAGAGGUGGUAGAACGAUGGAAAAAUAAGGGAAGUUUGAUGUACUAUUUCAGAGAUACUGUACAACCAAAGCCAAAUGAUUUCAUGUCGAAAUUCUUAUCUGGUCACGAUCCAUGAGUUGAUACAGCUCUUAUUGAUUGUUAUAGUUGAAAUUUCAAUUUUAAGUUGAUCCGUAAAAGGUAUGUAAAAAGUGUCGCAAGUAAAUAAAUAUUAAUAAACGCAAUUUUCAGAAUUUUUUCAAGUUAAUUAAAGUAUUAAUUAAUAUUGUACUGUAUUCGUACCCUCAUUCGGUGGUUAAGAAAGGUUGUUGUGCAAAAUAUAAAAACAGCAAAAAUUCAAAAGGUACAAGUUUAAUUGACUGUUACAU